AGUGGGGGCGGGCUCUCUUGGUCCUUUCCUUUAGUGUGAAGCACUGACGCUUUAGCUUCCAGCUCGUCUUCUCGUCGCUGCUUUUCCUGCCGAACAGCUUGACUUUCCGUGGAUCAUGGCCAACACAGAGCGCACCUUCAUUGCUAUCAAGCCAGACGGCGUCCAGCGGGGCCUGGUGGGGGACAUCAUCAAGCGUUUUGAGCAGAAGGGAUUCCGCCUUGUGGCCAUGAAGUUCCUUAGAGCCUCAGAGGAACACCUGAAACAGCAUUAUGUUGACCUGAAGGAUAGGCCAUUUUUCCCCGGGCUUGUGAAAUACAUGAACUCUGGACCUGUUGUGGCCAUGGUCUGGGAGGGCUUGAAUGUGGUGAAGACAGGCAGAGUGAUGCUGGGGGAGACCAACCCAGCUGAUUCCAAGCCAGGCACCAUUCGUGGGGACUUCUGCAUUCAAGUUGGAAGGAACAUCAUUCACGGCAGUGAUUCUGUAAAAAGUGCCGAGAAGGAAAUCAGCCUGUGGUUUAAGCCUGAAGAGUUGGUUGACUAUAAGACUUGUGCUCAUGACUGGAUCUACGAAUAAAAAUGUUCGGAGUGGAAAGUGGAUUUAGACUGGACUAACUCCUUUUAGUAACUGUCAUGUAUCUGUGUGCGUGUCUUUAUCAUGGAGUGUGAGGGACAGAGUGGGUGCGUAUGUCUCCAUCCCUGAAUAUAGCAUUUAAUGGCAGGGGAUUGAAAGGAAUUAGAACCAUCAUUUUCUAAAACAAUUCUGUUAUGCUGUUCAAUAAAACCUUGGAAAUAACAGGCA